AUGUGUAGCCCUCCACCAUACCCUCCGCAAGGUCAUCACUAUCCACCGUCACCCCACGGCAGCUACUAUUCACCGACGCCAUACGGUGCGGCUCCCAGCCCACCACAAUCCUCAUCCCCUCAUCCUCGCGGGUACCACAGUCCCUCUCCCUCCUGGGGCCAACUCCCGCCCCGGCCUCCCCAGGAGGCACAGUCCUUUGGCGGGGGCGCGCCCUCUAAUUAUCGCUUCCAGUAUUCCGCCUGUACCGGUCGACGGAAAGCGCUGUUGAUCGGAAUCAACUAUAUCGGGCAGCCCAAUCAGCUCCGGGGAUGCAUCAACGAUGUCGCCAACGUGUCCAGAUACCUCAACGAGAGAUGUCGCUAUCGAAGGGAGGACAUGGUCAUUCUGACGGACGAUCAGGAAAACCCGCUUAGUAUUCCCACGAAGAAUAAUAUCCUGCGAGCCAUGCAGUGGCUGGUCAAGGAUGCUCAGCCGAACGACUCCCUCUUCAUCCAUUUUUCUGGUCAUGGAGGGCGGACGCCAGACUUGGAUGGGGACGAAGAAGAUGGAUACGACGAUGUGAUUUAUCCGGUGGAUUACCGUACGGCAGGACACAUCGUGGACGAUGAGAUGCAUGCUAUUAUGGUCCGUCCACUGCGACCGGGGGUGCGGUUGACGGCCAUCUUCGAUUCUUGUCACUCCGGGACGGCGCUCGACCUCCCGUACGUGUAUUCGACGCAGGGCGUGCUGAAAGAGCCGAAUCUGGCCAAAGAGGCGGCGAUGGACCUGUUCAGCGCAAUCAGCUCGUAUGGUCAAGGCGAUUUGACGGGGAUGGCCAAGACGGCGAUCGGAUUCUUCAAGAAGGCGGCCAUUGGGGACUCGGCACGACAGCGGACGGUGAUGACGAAGACGUCCCCAGCGGACGUGGUGAUGUUUUCUGGGUCGAAGGACACGCAAACCUCGGCGGAUACGUUUCAGGAUGGAGAGGCGCGAGGCGCGCUCAGCUGGGCGUUUGUCAAGACGCUGCAGGAACGGCCGCACCAGAGUUACCUGCAGCUGUUGAAUUCGAUCCGGGCGGAGCUGGAGGGGAAGUAUACGCAGAAGCCGCAGUUGAGCUGUAGCCAUCCUCUUGAUGUGAAUUUGCUUUUUGUGAUGUGA